AUGGAGCAAGAAUCACUCAACGAUGUUGUAAAAUAUGCAAAUCAAAACUUUCCCACCACCAUCAAUGCCGCAGGUAUACAACUUACUCGUAAAUUACUAGCCAUCGAUACAGAAGAAUACCCAGUGGAAACCGACCAAUGUAUCUCAUACGUGCACUCUCCGCGCGAAGCUGAAAAACUACUAUGGCAACUUCUCGAGAUACUAGACGAGAAUCUGGGCCAGAAAUACGCAGGUUCGAGCCGCGCCCUCUACCACAAUACGCGCCCUUGGCGCGUAAACAAAUGGCGCGAAAUGCUGACUCCGGGACUGGUAUACGUGAUAUACAGCACCGCCGCCACCACCACCGCCACGCAGAGACGAAAUGCUCCAUUCUCCCCUCUUCUAUUCCUCUCGUUUAUGCUCACCGAAGAAGACGGCCUCGUCGCUGACGAUCCGACCGAGGUAUGGACCGUACUGUACCUAUACGAGCUGCAACUACUGCCCCGCGUGCGGCGCCUGGGCUUGGCCGCACGGCUUCUGGGCGACCACCUGGCCCAGUGCGGUCGCCAGCUAUGCACGCGGAGCCGAGCCGGCCGCUUCUCAAAAACGCGCUUCUUCGGUCUCGAGCUCACGGUGUUCGCCGACAAUGCCCCGGCGAUUCGUCUGUAUGAGAGUCUGGGAAUGCAGCUGGCCGCGGACUCGCCCACCGUCUUGGACACUGAUUCACUGUACCGGUUAUACGUACUGCAAUUGUGA